AAUCUUUCUUAGAGAUGGCUUCAAAGUUUGGUCUUGAUUUUGGAAAAGAACAUCUGAAGGUAAUUCUUACACUUUAUGAUCCAGAUGAUUUAACAUUCAUUAGAACUUCUAGCAGAGUAACUAGGAAAAGGGGCAUUGGUUCAGGAAAUCAUUACAAAGAUACUGGAAGGAGAAGGAUUCAGAUAAUAGCAUCAGCUCCAAAAAUUCCCGAGACAUAUCACAUCUGCAAGACAUUCAUAGAGAAAACUCAAAUAGAUCUUCUAUUGUUUAACUUUACUGGUGACCUAAAACUCUUAAAUAUUGUGUCUGGAAUAAUGUCAUGUGCAUCAAAAUAUCCAUGCUUAUACUGUGAAUUUCCAAAUAGCGAAGGAAAUAAAGCCUGGCAGACAGAUGCUACACUCAGAACAUUUGGGAAUAUUAAAAACCACAAAGAGGAUUGGCUAACCUCCGGAGGUAAAAAGAUCAAAGCAAAAGAGUAUACUAACUGUGUGGCAACUCCUUUGUUCUUUCAUGAAAAUGACCCUGAUGACAGCUUAGAUCCUUAAAAGUCCACCACCAGCCCUUCAUCUUAAGUUGUCCCUAAAUCAUGUCCUUAAAGAACUACAAAAUAUUUGGCCAGGACUUCAGAUUUGGUUAGCAGGACAUUCUAUUCUCUUCGAAUCAUACCAUGGUGAUACACUUGAAGGUAAUGAGUGUUCUAAGGUUCUAAGACUCCUUGAUAAUUUGGAGAAAGUACUUACUAUGGAGCUGUCUGGUUUUUUGAUUUACAUGCAUGACUUUUUAAAGGUUAUUGACUCUACAUUUGGUGUGUUUGUAGAUCUUGAUUAUAAGAAUGUUUUUAAGGAUGUCUUUAAAGUCUUUACAGGAAGAGUUUCGAGUAUCUGACCCCUAAGCUUCAUGUAAUACUCACACAUAUUUAGCAGUUCAUCGACAUCACAGGAAGAGGACUUGGUCAGUUUUCAGAACAGGAGUUAGAAAACUCACAUUCAGUAUUCUAGGUGGUUUGGGAAUGAUACCUGAUAAAAGACAUUUCUUCACCUAGAUAUAGGAAGAACUACUUUUAGGCUAUCCUAAAUUUUAAUGCUAAUAAUAUUUAGUUACAUAG